CAGUGUCAGGCCGCUGCCUCAGCGCCCUGCUCUCCACACCCUCCUCCCUGAGGUGUCAGGUCCAGACCCUGCGGCAGGGCAGUCCUGUGCCUGGGGGCUGUCCCUGCCCCCUCGCUCCGCAGCUCUCCAGGCUAAGUGGCCGAGCCGGGGCUCCCGCAGGGGGGAUCAGGAGGGACGACUGGGGGAUGGAGCUGCUGCUGCAGGAUCCUCGCUGUCACCAGGGUCUCAACAGUUAACCGGCUGCAGGCAGGACAACCGAGCCUGCCACGGGCCCGUGUCCCUGGGGGAGCCGUGGCUGCGCCCUGCAGAGCCCCAGGGGUCCGCAUCCCCUCGGCAGGAGGUCCAAAGAUGGAGCCCGGCCGCCUUCCUUUGUGCGCCCAGGAUGGGCGUUGUGGGAGGCCGGUCGCCGCCUCCUGACGCCGGCGCGUUGGCGGCCACAGCAUGACCUUAAGCCUCAUCUCUGUGCUGGCGCAGGACAUCUCUGGGCUGUGGCUCCUCCUGAAGACGCGCACAGAUGAAAUCAUGCACCAGGACAUCAGCCCGCUCUGCGCCGCCGACAUCCAGGACCAGCUGAAGAAGCGCUUUGCUUACCUGUCUGGUGGGCGGGGGCAGGACGGCAGCCCCGUGAUCACCUUCCCGGACUACCCGGCCUUCAGCGACGUCCCGGACAAGGAGUUCCAGAAUGUCAUGACCUACCUCACCAGCGUCCCCAGCUUGCAGGAUGCCGGCAUUGGAUUCAUCCUGGUCAUAGACCGAAGGCAGGACAAAUGGACCUCGGUGAAGGCAUCGGUCCUGCGGAUAGCAGCGUCCUUCCCGGCAAACCUCCAGCACGUCCUUGUUCUGCGCCCAACAGGAUUUUUCCAAAGGACUCUCUCUGACCUAGCUUUCCGAUUCAACAGAGAUGACUUUAAGAUGAAGGUACCGGUCACAAUGCUGAGCUCAGUACCAGAAUUACACGAUUACAUCGACAAGUCACAGCUGACCGAGGACCUGGGCGGGACCCUGGACUACUGCCACACCAAGUGGUUGUGUCACCGCACAGCGAUCGAAAGUUUCGCCGUCAUGGUUAAGCAGACCGCUCAGAUGCUGCAGUCCUUCGGGACCGAGCUGGCUGAAACGGAACUGCCCAACGAUGUGCAGUCGACAAGCUCAGUGCUCAGCACACACAUGGAGAAGAAGGACAAAGCGAAGGAGGACAUGCGGUUGGCACUGGACGAGGGGCAGAGCAUCCUGGAGAGCAUCAGGGAGCCUUUGGCCAAGAGCACGGAGCAGAGCCUGAACCAGGACCAGCUGGACAAUCAGACCACCGUGCAGAGGCUCCUGGCCCAGCUGAACGAGACCGAGGCUGCCUUCGAUGAGUUUUGGGCGAAGCAUCAGCAAAAGCUUGAGCAGUGUCUGCAGCUCCGGCAUUUCGAGCAGGACUUCCGAGAGGUCAAGGCUGCCUUGGAUGGGUUGGCCCAGAAGAUAGCGACCUUCACCGACGUGGGCAACAGCCUGGCGCACGUGCAGCACCUCCUGAAGGAUCUCGCUGUCUUCGAAGAGAAGUCCAGUGCAGCCGUGGAGCGGGCCCGCACCCUGUCCCUGGAGGGCGAGCGGCUCAUCGACAACAAGCACUACGCGGUGGACUCCAUACGCCCCAAGUGCCACGAGCUCCGACACCUCUGCGACCAGUUUGCGGCCGAGGUCAGGCGCCGGAGGGGGCUGCUGGGCAAGUCGCUGGAGCUGCACGGCCUCCUGGAGGCGUCCAUGAAGUGGUGUGAUGAAGGGAUCUACCUGCUGGCCUCGCAGCCUGUGGACAAGUGCCAGUCCCAGGACGGCGCUGAGGCCGCCCUCCAGGAGAUCGAGAAGUUUUUGGAGAGCGGUGCAGAAAAUAAGAUCCAGGAGCUCAAUAAAAUUUACCAGGACUAUGAACUCAUCCUCACCCAAGACCUGAUGGAACACGUGCAGAAGGUCUUCCAGAAGCAAGAGAGCAUGGAAGAGAUGUUUCACCGGAGACAGGCGAGCCUGAAGAAGCUGGCAGCCAAGCAGAUGCGGCCCGUGCAGCCGGUGGCCCCCCGGCCAGAGGCGCUCACGAAAUCACCCUGUCCUUCCCCAGGCGUCCGGAGAGGUUCAGAGAACAGUGAGGGCAGUGCGCUGCGGAGAGGGCCCUACAGGAGGGCCAAGAGUGAAAUGAGCGAGGGCCGGCAGGGCCGCGGCAGCUCCACAGGGGACGAGGAGGAGAGCCUGGCCAUCUUGCGAAGGCACGUGAUGAACGAGCUACUGGACACGGAGCGGGUCUACGUGGAGGAGCUGCUGUGCGUCUUGGAGGGCUACGCUGCCGAGAUGGAUAACCCGUUAAUGACGCAUCUCAUCUCAACAGGCCUUCAAAACAAGAAGGAUGUUCUAUUUGGAAACAUGGAAGAAAUUUACCACUUUCAUAACAGAAUAUUCCUGAGGGAGCUAGAAAACUACAUAGACUGCCCAGAGCUGGUUGGAAGGUGUUUUCUAGAAAGGAUGGAGGAGUUCCAGAUCUACGAGAAGUACUGUCAGAACAAGCCCCGCUCCGAGAGCCUGUGGAGACAGUGUUCCGACUGCCCCUUCUUCCAGGACUGCCAGAAGAAGCUGGACCACAAGCUGAGUCUGGACUCCUACCUGCUGAAGCCGGUCCAGAGAAUCACCAAGUACCAGCUGCUGCUCAAGGAAAUGCUGAAAUACAGCAAGAGCUGUGCAGGGGCCGAGGACCUGCAGGAGGCGCUGAGCUCCAUCCUGGGCAUCCUCAAGGCCGUGAACGACUCCAUGCACCUCAUCGCCAUCACGGGCUAUGACGGGAACCUGAGCGACCUGGGGAAGCUGCUGAUGCAGGGCUCCUUCAGCGUCUGGACGGACCACAAGAGGGGCCACGCCAAGGUGAAGGACCUGGCCAGGUUCAAGCCCAUGCAGCGGCACCUGUUCCUGCACGAGAAGGCCGUGCUCUUCUGCAAGAAGAGGGAGGAGAACGGGGAGGGCUAUGAGAAGGCACCGUCCUACAGCUACAAGCAGUCCCUCAACAUGGCGGCGGUUGGCAUAACUGAGAACGUGAAAGGGGACGCGAGGAAGUUUGAGAUCUGGUACAACGCCAGGGAGGAGGUUUACAUCAUACAGGCGCCAACUCCUGAAAUUAAAGCAGCGUGGGUGAACGAAAUUCGGAAAUUGCUGACCAGCCAGCUGCAGGCUUUCAGAGAAGCCAGCCAGCACCGGGCGCUGGAGCAGUCCCAGAGCCUGCCUCUGCCCGCGGCGUCCAGCAUCAGUCCCAUGAAAGGGAACACGAGAAACAUCAAAAAGCUGGAAGAAAGAAAAACUGACCCCCUAAGUCUGGAAGGAUAUGUGAGCUCGGCAUCAUCACCAAAGCCCCCGGAAAAGGGCAGAGCAUCUCCCACCAGUCCUGACAAAAAAGCUAAGCGACAUGAAGUAAAGAGCGAUCCGACGCCUUUUGGUUUACGAGGUUGGAGCAAAACAUCUCACCCCUCGGAGGCCCCUGAGGACAACGACGGCUGGUCAAGUGCCGAGGAGGCGAUUAAUUCCUCAGACGCAGAGGAGGAAGGCGGAGUGGGCCCCAGGAAGCUGGUUCCGGGGAGGUUCACGGUCAUGGCGGACGACGAGAAGGGCAGCCCUGACGCUCUGGCCGUGCGGAGCGGGGACGUGGUGGAGGUGGUCCAGGAGGGCGACGACGGCCUUUGGUUUGUCAGGAACCUGACCUCCAGCAAGGAGGGCUGGGUGCCUGCCGGCAGCCUGUCCGCGCUCCUCGGCAAGUCCGGCUCUGCCCAGUGCUUGAGCAGCUCAGAGUCCAGCGCGGGGUCCGCCCUGCUGAGCAACUCCUCCAGCUGCAGCGAGAGCUGCGGCCUCCCCCUCUCAGACCUGCAGGGGUAGUCCCCCGGCCCCCGGCGCAAGAGGCCGCCUGCAAACCUCUAAGUGUUCCUUUGCUUGGGCUUGCUUAGUUUGGUGAGGGGAUGGUGCCCUAAGACGCCCUGGAAAAGGAGGACCUGACAAGACCCGACGAGGCGGCGCCCACCGCCCACGGAACCUCGAGGUGCAGGACAGGGCUCUUCAGAGGGAAGGUUCAGGAAGAUUCCAGCCUCCAGCCUCCAUGCCAGGACCCCACCCAGGGUGCAGAAGCCGGUUUCCAGGGGAAGACCGAGCUUCCUGGGAAAACCCGGAGUGAAAGAAGAGCUGCAGGCCAGCAGACCACCUGUGCAGAAGGGCACCGAG